AUAUACAUAUGGUCACUGUCACCAACUCUGUGGCUAGUUGAAACCUCCAAUUCUCUUGGCAAAAAAUCUCGCUUCCUGCAGUCUGGCUUGACAUUCUUGCAAGCUCCUCCUUCUGCAUAUAUACAUAUGGACUCACUUCAAAAGCUACUCUUCUCCUUCUUCCUCCACUUCCUUCUCUCGGGAGUGCAUGGAAGCCGUGGCCAUCUCUUCAAUUUCAGGCCAAGCAAGCUCUUUGUUUUCGGAGACUCGUAUGCAGAUACAGGCAACAACAGAAAAACCAUAGCCAAUUCAUGGAAAGUUCCUUAUGGAAUCACCUUCCCAGGAAAACCCACCGGACGUUUCUCCGACGGCCGUGUCUUGACUGAUUGUUUCGCUGAGUCUAUUGGGGUGAAGUCUCCAAUCCCAUACAGAUGGAGAAAAUUUGCAGUAAAUAGGUUGAAAAAUGGAAUUAAUUUCGCAUAUGGAGGGACAGGAGUGUUUGAUACAUUGUGUCCAGCCCCAAACAUGACCACACAGAUCGAUUUCUUCCAGCAAAUUAUCACAGACAAAGUCUACACCACCGCAGACCUACGAUCCUCUGUGGCCCUUGUCACCCUUUCCGGUAAUGACUACUCUGCUUAUGCAGCCAGAAAUGGAUCAGCGCAGGGUUGGCAAGCCUUCAUCACACAAGUGGUGAACCAGUUGACAGUGAAUUUGAAACGCAUUAAAGGACUGGGAGUGAAGAAAAUAGCAGUGUGUGGCUUACAGCCCUUAGGGUGUCUCCCUCCCAGUACCUUUGCCUCCUCCUUCCAACAAUGCAAUGCAACUCAAAACGACCUCGUUGGGUUCCACAACCUCUUGCUGCAACAAGCAGUUGCUAAGUUGAACAAUGAGACCAAGGAUACUUCUCUUCUUAUUUUUGAUCUUUAUUCUGCUUUCAUGACCGUUUUGAACAACAAAGGAGGAGAUUCAAAGUUUGAGAAUCCGUUGAAGCCAUGCUGUAUUGGAAUAAGCAAAGAAUAUUCAUGUGGGAGUGUAGAUGAAAAUGGGGCAAAGAAAUAUACAGUCUGUGAAAACCCAGUAGCUGCAUUCUUCUGGGACGAUGUCCACCCUUCACAAGAGGGAUGGAGAUCCGUGUAUCUAGCUUUGCAACCCACUCUCCAACAACUUUAAUAUAUUUGUAUCACCUUUACAAAUUAAUUUUUCUAAUGUAAGUGACGACAUCAAUUGCAAAUGUCCCAACCCAACCCAUUACUUCCACCUGUUCUUCAUUUUGUCUUAAAUCCAUUUGAUCCAAAAAAAAUUUGGACUUCAAUAGUGUCCAUCUA